ACUACAGGACUUAAAAACAAUCAGUCUGAAAUGAAAAAUGCAUGAGAGACACAUGAGAAAAAGAAAGGGAGAAAUCGAGAGGGAAAGUGAAAGAUUGACAGAGAGAGUGAGAGAAAACGAGAGAGACCCGCGUGGUGGUAUUGCUGUACGUGAGGGUCAUUCUGCUAUUCAUAGCCAAUAGUUUCCUUCAGUGCUGCUUAGGUCAGUUUAACUACAACAACAGACACGCAGAAAGCAUCCAUUAAAAAAACAGAAUAUUACAAUAGAGCUAAUACCCACACCCACACAACUAGAGCUGCAGGCCAGGACUUGAACAAGCUGAACUUGCAGAGCAAUGCAGGCCCAGGAUCUGAUCCGGCACCUGCGGAUACCUGAGCUGGACGACUUGAGGCAGUAUGUGCGCAGUUUACCCACCAACACCCUCAUGGGCAUGGGUGCGUUCGCUGCCAUCACCACAUACUGGCUGGCCACCCGUCCCAAAGCAGUUAAACCACCCUGUGACCUCCACAUGCAGUCCGUGGAGGUGCAGGGUAGUAGAUAUGCUUGUCGGUCCAUUCUACAGGACGGUGACACAUACAUGACGUACUACUAUAAAGACGCUCAGACAAUGUAUGAGUUUUUCUUACGAGGACUACGAGUGUCAAAUAAUGGUCCUUGUUUGGGAUCACGAAAACCGGGCAAGCCAUAUAAAUGGCUUUUGUAUAAAGAGGUAGCAGACAGGGCAGAGUUCGCAGGUUCAGCAUUACUCCACAGAGGUCACAGUCAAACAGGAGACAAAUACAUUGGCAUCUUUGCACAGAACAGGCCAGAGUGGACGAUUUCAGAGCUGGCGUGUUACACAUAUUCACUGGUGGCAGUGCCACUGUAUGAUACACUUGGUACAGAGGCCAUCAGCUAUAUCAUUGACAAAGCCACCAUCUCCACUGUGAUCUGUGACAUCCCGGAUAAGGCUCGUUUGAUCCUGGACUGUGUGUCUGGCCGGAAGCACAGCGUCACAACCAUAGUGAUCAUGGGGAACUUUGACCGUGAACUGACUGCACAAGCACAACAGAAAGGCAUUGAGGUCCUGAGCCUCAAGGAGCUGGAGGCUAUUGGCAAAGCCAACCACAAGACAUCCAUUCCUCCUAAACCAGAGGACCUGGCACUGAUUUGCUUCACAAGUGGAACUACAGGAAGUCCAAAGGGAGCAAUGCUCACACAUGGAAACGUUGUUUCCAAUUGUUCCGCUUUCAUUAAAGUUACAGAGGUUCACUGCAUGCUAAACCAGACAGACAUUCACAUUUCUUACCUACCACUAGCACACAUGUUUGAGAGAGUGGUCGAGGGUGUGCUUCUGGUCCAUGGGGCCAGGAUUGGAUAUUUUCAGGGUGAUAUCCGUCUACUGAUGGACGAUUUGAAGACUCUUAAGCCCACUAUAUUCCCUGUAGUGCCCAGACUACUCAACCGCAUGUUUGAUAAGAUCUUCGGACAGGCGAACACUCCUCUCAAAAGAUGGCUGCUGGAUUUUGCUACCAGUAGGAAAGAGGCGGAGCUUAAAAGUGGAGUUGUGAGGAAGGAUAGCAUGUGGGAUAAAGUGAUCUUCAGCAAAGUGCAGGCCAGUUUGGGUGGACGUGUGAGGCUCAUGAUCACAGGAGCCGCUCCUGUCUCUCCAACCGUCCUCACCUUCCUGCGAGCAGCGCUGGGCUGCCAGUUUUAUGAGGGUUAUGGGCAGACAGAGUGUACGGCAGGCUGCACUAUGUCACUUCCUGGAGAUUGGACAGCAGGUCAUGUGGGAGCACCGCUGCCCUGUAACUUUGUUAAACUAUUGGAUGCGCCUGAAAUGAAUUAUUUUGCAGCAAAUGGAGAGGGAGAGGUGUGUGUGAAAGGAUCAAAUGUGUUUCAAGGUUACCUGAAGGACCCAGAGCGGACCUCAGAGGCCAUAGAUAAAGACGGCUGGCUGCACACCGGAGACGUCGGCAAAUGGCUCCCGAAUGGGACUCUGAAGAUUAUAGACAGGAAGAAACACAUCUUCAAGCUGGCUCAGGGUGAAUACAUCGCUCCAGAGAAGAUUGAGAACAUCUACAUCCGCAGUGACCCUGUGGCUCAGGUUUUUGUUCAUGGAGACAGUCUGCAGGCAUGUUUAGUGGGUAUUGUGGUUCCUGAUCCAGACUUUCUGCCAGGAUGGGUAAAGAAAAGAGGCAUUGAGGGCUCCUACACUGAAAUGUGCAAAAGCAAGGAACUGAAAAAUGCCAUCCUAGAGGAUAUCAUUCGGCUAGGCAAAGAAGCUGGACUGAAGUCCUUUGAACAGGUGAGAGACAUUGCCCUGCACAUGGAAAUGUUCUCUGUUCAGAAUGGACUCCUCACGCCAACACUGAAAGCAAAGAGAACCGAGCUGAGAAACCACUUCAGAGAGAAGAUAGACCAGCUCUACGCUAAAAUCAAAAUGUGAACAACUACAGAAAGAGUGAGAGAGAGAGAGACACCCGUCUACACUGAGGGUGAACUAGAACACCCCAAACAUGCAUACUUGCAAUGUGGUGAUGAUUAUGAAGGAGGUGCUCCAGUUCUGUCAUGCUGUUCCAUCACUCACAUGGUGGGGAGAGAAGGACCACUGCGGCUGGUACUUUUGUCAUUUCUACCACUUGGAGGUGCCACAGUCAUCUCUCAGAAGAGGUGAAGUAUUGUCCCACCAGCGAAGCACAUACCAAACAUUUCAUGAGCCCUGCUAUUCAUCUGUGAUGGCACCUGGAAGUGAACCACCCCAAUGCUUUAGGCCAGUGAAUGCCUUGAGUGUAAUAACCCAGAACACACCUGCAAGAUCAUAUAAAACAAAACGACAAAUGCCAAAAAGGUUUCUGAUUUGUAAACCAUGUGCAGAUAUUUUUCUCAACACUUAUUUAAAAUAGAGUGGUUUCCAUUAAACUUCAGUAAAUGGAUAUUUAUCAGUGCUUACUAUUGAAAUUUAUAUUGUGAGUCACAAUGCUUUUGUUAUGGUAACAAACAAAUGGUAUGGUUAUGUGUUUGACAUCUGGUCUAAACAGGUCUUUUCUAUAUCUAAAUAAUAGAUUUUCACUGAAAUUGACAGUGAAAUGACAUCACAAAUUGGUUCUUGUUGAUACUCAGAUUCCACUAACAGCACUUUGGAAUCUCGGUACAUCUCAAAUGUGCCUCUCUCCUGGAGAUUAAACCUUGUAUAUAGGUUAUCUAUUUAUGUUUGUACAUCUUUAUUGUAUUCAUGUAAAUUGUGCAAACAGUUAUUUGUAGCAUGCGGUGUUGAAGAGAGAAAUAAACUGAUGGCA